UCUUUUCCAGCUCGCCUUCGCGCGCAGCUGUGACCCUCCCCCUCCCCUUCCCUACGCACUCCUCGCUUACCUUUCUCGUUCCUUACCUGCACCUAAUAAUCCUGACGACAAGCUUCAAACGACUAGAACGAUCGCUAAUCUACGAUAUAUCUUUCCUCGACGCGGCUCGUAAAUUCGCUUCUCGAAGAAUCUAGAAUGCCUGGGGCUCAGAGGAACCUUCUUAGACCUUUCAGCACCAAGAGCCUUACCCAGGCUGUUUCUGGGGUCAAUAGCGCGACUACCUCUAUCGAGGAUGAGUACUACGCAGGAGUUAAGAUCAAGAAAUGCGCGAAGCGUGGCAGGGUCGUUCGCACGGAUCCCGACGCGACGGACGACUCGUCGGAGGACGACGAGAGCUGCAGCCCGGCCAGCAAGCGAUGGGUGAAGCCCGUUGCGCCGCGGCAGGUGUUCAGCCACCCCAGCGUCGACUCGGAGAGCGACAACGAGACGCACGUCACGGCGCCGGGCAACAGCAGCAUCGCCCCGUGCCCGACAACGUUCCUCCCUCCGCCUUUCGCGCCGAACUACCCGGCCGUUCAGCCGCUGCAGUCCAUGCACCAGUUCGCCCCCGUUUCUGGCACAUUCGCUUAUAAUCCCUAUUAUCACUACGCCGCACCGCCGGCGAAAAUGGCUUCGGCUAGCUGCCAGAAGCGGCGGUCCCCCCCAUCUCCGUCGUCUCAAGCCGCUACUACCGCCGCCGCCCCGGCCGCCGCCGCAACUGCCGCCGCCGCAGGUGCCGCAAGUUCCGCGGGUGCCGCCGCCGCUGCGGCGUAUCGCGGCGUGACGUCGUUUUCGCCCAACGGGAUUGCCGUCGGCAUGGGGGGCAGCUUCCCCCCCGCGCACCACCUUGCGCGCGCUAGCUACGGCAACUAUUAUGCGCACAUGGGCAUGCCCACCCCUACUAAUCGCCUGUUCUCAGGCCCCGCUGCGGCUCCCCCCGCUCCUAGCACUUCCCCAGCCGCUGCAUCCGCCGCUGCCGCCGCCGCCGCCGCCGCUGCAGGUGCAGCGCCGUUUCCCAUCGACUACCCGCCAAUGCAGUGGAUGCCGCACAUGGGGUAUUUCCCGGGGGUGCCGUCCCCGCAUCCGGCGGCGCAGAUGCAGCCGCAGAUGCCGCCGGGCGCGGCGGAGUUUUAUUUCAUGCAGUACGCUGCGGCGGCGGCGCAGGGGCAGUGCGGCGCGCAACAAUUCGCGGCGGCGGCGGCUGCUGCCGGCCUGCCGGCCAUCAGCCCGGCCGUCAGUUCUGACGGCGGCGCUGCCGGCGCGGCGGCCCUGCAGGCGAGAAUGCGUGGCGGGAAGGGGAAGAAGGCGGACGCGAAGGAGAGGCAGCAACACCGGUACAGGGGCGUGCGGCAGCGCCCGUGGGGGAAAUGGGCAGCGGAGAUCCGAGAUCCCGCGCGCGGCGUGCGCCUGUGGCUGGGGACGUACGACACCGCGGAGGACGCCGCGCGCGCGUAUGACGCGGCUGCGCGCGCCAUCCGCGGGGCGGAGGCGCAGACGAACUUCGCGGGGGAAGGUUCCGCGGAGGGGGCAGCGGGGGAGGGUCCGGGGUCGGGCUCUUCCGCUGGUGGUGCUGGUGGCGGGGGGACGGUGGUUCCUGGUGCGGGCGGGUCUGGUGUGGGUGUUGUACCCGCUGUAGUGAGGACCAAGAAGAACAGCAAGGCGCACAAGUACAUGCAGGGCUAUUGCAGCGACUCUGAGAGCAUUCUCAGCGAAGUGGCCUCAGAAAUUUCAUCCUGCACCAAAUCGUCCUCCUGCACGAACCUUUCAUCUGCCCCUUCAUCUGCCCCGGCAUCGCCCAAAGCCAAGACCGCCUCCGCAGCCCCCUCCCCCUACUCGCCCUCCUCCUCCACCCCAUCAGCCGACUCCGACUUUCUCUUUCUCCUCCCAAAGCCUCUCACAAACACCCCACCGGCAACCGGCAAUGCCACAUGCAUCCCCGCAGCAGGGGCAGGAGAAGACUUGGGCUUUAAGGGAGCGGUUCCCAAUGCCAAGGGAGCAGCGGAGGAGGAGGAAUUUCCGGUGUCAGAGCUCGAUGCUGAGACGUUUUCUUUCAGCCUGGAGGAGGUCUGUGGGGGUGCUGCUGGGGGGGAGGAUGGCGGUGCGCCGUUUUGGGACCUCGACGUGCCGCCGUACCUGGAGACCACGGAGAUCGGCCUGGACAGCAUUCUCUGGUAGCUCGGUGCAGUGCGGUGCGGUGCGGUGGGGAUGGAGGUGCGCCGUUUUGGGACCUGGAUGUGCCUCUGUACCUGGAGACCAACGAGAUUGACCUGGACAGCAUUCUGUGGCGAUUCAGUGGCAUAUCUGUUGACAGCAGCAUGAUGUGGCUGGCAGCAGCAAGAGUGGUUGGGAGUGCAACACAGCGGCGACAAGAGUGAUUGGAGCACAGCAUAACGACAGCUAUGAUGUUUCAUUUGCAACGAUGGCUUUUCACACCAUGGUGAACUGAUGGCUUUUCACACCAUGGUGAACUGGAGUGGAGGGGAAUCAUCCGCAUGUGCAACAGCAGCAGCAACUGCAAGCGUCCAUUGUGGAACCAUCGGUAUGUCUGGCGAGUAGUUGGCAGCGUGACAUGCACCAUGCGGCACCAAGAAGCAUCACGUGGGAAGAAGCACCACUGGAAGGAGCAUUUGCUUGUACCGUAACACGGUAGCAUUGUUUGGGCAGGAGAUAAAAUGAGAGCAGCUCAUAAUGAGUUGCUCAGGUGUUACCUGCCCCCAGCAGCUGGCAGUUGGUUGGUUCCCAUCUUAUGAUUUCUUUAGGGUCAUGGGAAUGAGGGGAGCCACUAUACUAGAAGGCCCCCCUUUUAGUGGUUGUUUCUCAUCUUCCUACCCUAUAUGCUCGUAUUUACAUUGCUCGAAUCUAUCUAGGAGCCCAGCCGCUGGCAGCAAGGCUUGUUCGGAGGGAAUUUGUUAGCAGCACACUAAAACCAGCAGCUGUUUGUGGCACCUUGGUGUUGACUGCAGUGCUGUGCUUUUAGUGAGUUUUUCUCCACGAAACAGGACAUGCAUGCAGGUGUGCCUCUUAGCAUGAGUCUAUUUUGAGGUGCCAAAAUG